AGUUCGUCACCCCAAACAGGAAAAAAACACACACUAUCAAUCUCUGCAUUAUCGGACAAAGACUCCUACUACUACAUCGCUGCUCGUUGGCUUGUUUUUCUUUCUUUCGUGACACUGAGCUAAUAAACCCCGUAAACUCAGCGGGGCCAUGGUGUCAGUGUGGCUACAGCGCCCCCCUGCGGCCGCUGCCUGCCUGCUCCUGUGCUGCCUGGCCGGGGGCCUGGCCGCGCCGGACCCCCAGCAGAGAGAGGCCCUCAUACGGCGGGAGGCCUCCAUGCAGACCGGCGGCCGGCUGCAGUUGAGCGAUGCCGAGCAGCGGCUGGACGCUGCGUUGUUUCAGAUGAAGCAGAAGGAGAUGGGGAGGGCGGACUUUCCUCCCGCCAUGCACUUCUUCAAGGCCAGGCCCCUCAUCAGGACCAGUCCCGUCUUCGACCUGCUGCGGAAGAUGCCUAAAGGGGGAGCUCUCCACGUCCACGACUUCGCCAUGGUAGACGUGGAGUGGCUGGUGAAGAACGCCACCUAUCGCCCCCACUGCUACAUGUGCUCCACUGACAAACGCUCCGUCAGAUUCGUCUUCUCGUCCCGAUUGCCCGAAGCUCUGCCGCGGUGCUCUCCCUGGACCCUUCUGGAAAACCUCAGGGCCAAGAUGGUCAAUACCACGGAUCUUGACAACAGCAUCAUGGGCAACAUGACGCUCUUCACCAAUCAGGAUCCAGACAUGCUGUACCCCUCACAGGACGUGGUGUGGGAUAGGUUUGAGCAGGCCUUCGCCGCCUUGUGGGGCCUGGUCACCUACGCGCCUGUGUUCAGAGACUAUUAUUACCAGGGCCUCACCCAGUUCUACACGGACAACGUCAUGUACCUGGAACUGCGAGCUUUACUCCCGCAGACGUACGAGUUGGACGGCAGCACUCACGACACAGCCUGGACUCUGAAGACCUACCAGGAGGUCACCAGACAGUUCACGGCGGACCACCCGAGCUUCUUCGGAGCGAGGAUCAUCUUCACCAUCCAAAGGCGAGUAAAUGCAUCAGUGAUGGCCAGCGCUGUGGAGGAGGCCAUGAAGCUGCAGAGAGACUUCCCAGAUGUCAUGGCGGGCUUUGACCUGGUGGGCCGCGAGGACAAAGGCAGACCCCUGUGGUAUUUCAGAGAUGCCUUGUCACUGCCAGCAGAGAAAGGGGUGACGCUUCCUUUCUUCUUCCAUGCCGGAGAGACCAAUCUCCAGGGCACAGACGUGGACCAGAACUUGUUGGACGCUCUUUUGUUUAACACCUCCCGUAUUGGCCAUGGAUUUGCUCUGCUGCGACACCCACUGGCCAAGGAGCUGUCCCGAAAGAGAGGGGUGGCUCUGGAAGUGUGUCCCAUCUCCAACCAGGUGCUGAAGCUGGUCAGCGACAUGCGAAACCACCCGGCAGCUGCACUGAUGUCAGAAAACCACCCGCUGGUCAUCAGUUCUGACGACCCCGCCAUGUUCGGUGCCUCUGGACUCUCUUAUGACUUCUAUGAAGCGUUUGUGGGCUUUGGUGGGAUGACGUCACACUUAGGCUCCCUCAAAGAGCUGGCUAUGAACUCUAUCAGGUACAGUUCUCUGACUACAAAGCAACAGGAGAUAGCCGUGGCUCUGUGGCAAAGAAGAUGGGAUGAGUUUGUCUCCGAAAAUGCUUUUUAAAAAUAAUGUUUUGCCUUUAUGCCUUUUUUGAGAAACCUUGAAGCACAGGUACAUUUUCAUUGAUAAUAAGCAGAAUGUGGAAAACAGGGAUCCACAGGAUAGCAGUAUGUAGUAGCAACUAAUAUAAGACAACAAAGCUGUUGUGGGGGGAAAAAGCGCUGGGAUAAAUAAGGAAAAAGUGAUUUUUGAUGUUAAUUAUAACAUGAUUAUUUGCCAUAUCUGCUUUGAAAGAAGCCCAUUCCUCAUUCCAACAGCGCGGAGGUUGGCUCACGCUUGACAUAGGAUAAAUAAACCAGGCAGUGUGAGACACAUCUGACCUGUGUACAAUUUAGGGGGGAUUACUUGAAUGACGCAUGUGAGCAGUUGUAUUACAGGUUGAACGCAAUUUCAUUUUACAAAGCUUAUUUAACAGAAGAUUACAGCCACAAUUAACUAUUUUCUGCCAAAUAUGUGUUCUUUUUUGCACAGAUAGAACUUUAUUUUCAUUGUGCUAUCAAGAUGGUUGUCCGUUUGUUUGUGUCUAAUGUAACAUUCUGCUUUACUUGAACAUGAUUUUUUUUUUAUUUAAUUUUUUGAUAAAGCACAGGCAGUCACAAAAAAGUAUUUUGUGGCACUGGAGCAUGAACAUCUUUUUUC